ACCCGACGCUGCCCGCCUGCGCAGAGCUCGCUCCAAGGCUUAGCGGAGGAGGAGACGGUGGCGAGCAGGGGGAGAGGGACUCUUAUUUUGUUAGGGGGACCGGGCCGAGGCUCGACCGGCCUGGCGGGGCUCGCCCGGUGCCGGGCGUCAUGUCUCAUGCGGCCGAGCCAGCUCUGGACAGCGUAGAGGCCAGCGCAGAGGGCCCUCGAGCCGUGUUCCUGCUGUUGGAGGAGCGCAGGCCGGCCGACUCGGCCCAGCUGCUCAGCCUGAACUCAUUGCUUCCAGAAUCUGGAAUUGUUGCUGACAUCGAAUUAGAAAACGUCCUUGAUCCUGACAACUUCUACGAACUCAAAAGCCAGCCGUUACCCCUACGCUCAAGCCUCCCAAUAUCACUGCAGGCCACGCCAGCUACCCCAGCUACACUCUCUGCAUCGUCUUCUGUAGGGGGCUCCAGGACCCCUGCCAUGUCAUCAUCUUCUUCAUCACGGGUCUUGCUGCGGCAGCAGCUAAUGCGGGCCCAAGCCCAGGAGCAGGAGAGGCGUGAGCGUCGGGAACAGGCUGCAGCUGCUCCCUUCCCCAGCCCUGCACCUGCCUCUCCUGCCAUUUCUGUGGUUGGUGUCUCUGCUGGGGGCCACACAUUGGGCCGUCCCCCCCCUGCUCAGGUGCCCAGGGAGGUACUUAAGGUACAGACUCAUCUGGAGAACCCAACACGCUACCACCUGCAGCAGGCUCGCCGUCAACAGGUGAAACAGUACCUGUCCACUACACUUGGUCCCAAGCUGGCGUCCCAAGCCCUCACCCCACCACCAGGGCCCACUAGUGCCCAGCCACUCCCUGCCCCUGAGACUGUCCAUGCUACCGGCCCUGCAGGCAGUGCUCCCAACAGUCCCAUGGCACUGCUCACCAUUGGAUCCAGCUCAGAGAAGGAGAUUGAUGAUGUCAUUGAUGAGAUCAUCAGCCUGGAGUCCAGUUACAACGAUGAAAUGCUUAGUUAUCUGCCUGGAGGCACUGCAGGGCUGCAGCUCCCCAGCACGCUGCCUGUGUCAGGGAAUCUUCUUGAUGUAUACAGUAGUCAGAGCGUGGCCACACCAACCAUCACUGUCAGCAACUCCUGCCCAGCUGAGCUGCCCAACAUCAAACGGGAGAUCUCUGAGACAGAGGCAAAGGCGCUUUUGAAAGAACGGCAGAAGAAAGACAAUCACAACCUAAUUGAGCGUCGCAGGCGAUUCAACAUUAACGACAGGAUCAAGGAACUGGGCACCCUCAUCCCCAAGUCCAGUGACCCGGAGAUGCGCUGGAACAAGGGCACCAUACUGAAGGCCUCUGUGGAUUAUAUCCGCAAGUUGCAGAAGGAGCAACAGCGCUCCAAAGACCUAGAGAGCCGGCAGCGAUCCUUGGAACAGGCCAACCGUAGCCUGCAGCUCCGAAUUCAGGAACUAGAACUGCAGGCCCAGAUCCAUGGUCUGCCGGUACCGCCCACCCCAGGGCUGCUCUCCCUGGCCACAACUUCGGCCUCUGAUAGCCUCAAGCCAGAGCACCUGGACGUUGAAGAGGAAGGCAGGCCGGGCACAUUUCACGUGGAGGGGGCACGUGCCCCAAAUGCUUCUUAUCAGCAGCCCCCAGCGCCACCAUCUGAUGCCCUUCUGGACCUGCACUUUCCCAGCGACCACCUGGGGGACCUGGGGGACCCCUUCCACCUUGGGCUGGAGGACAUUCUGAUGGAGGAGGAGGAGAGCGUGGUGGGUGGGCUCUCAGGGGGCACCCUGUCCCCACUGCGGGCUGCCUCUGACCCCCUGCUCUCUUCAGUGUCCCCCGCUGUCUCCAAGGCCAGCAGCCGUCGCAGCAGCUUCAGCAUGGAGGAGGAGUCCUGAUCAGGCCUCACCCCUCUCCUGGGGCUUCCCCAUCCAGGAAAGGAGGACAAGGCAGGAUGAAGCCCUGCCUUGUCCCCCACACCCUCAUGAGACUGCCUUGCCCAGGUGUUCUGGGGGAAGAGGAGAUGAGAUCAGGCCCCAC